AUGUUUGGUGAUGACAAGCAGAUGACUUGGCAUAGUGGGAGGUCCUUGGCCAUCUUGAAUUAUGUGUUUUGCAGCACAAAUGCACAUCACCAAAUCACUAGCUUCAACCAACAAUAUCUUUCUCAGGAAUGGACGGAUCAUGAACUACUAGGCUUUUCCUUCCAAUACCAGGACAUUAAUGGACGUGGACCUGGCAGCUGGAAGGCCAACCCGUUCUUGGUCCGUAACCAACAAUUCCGCAAGGCAUUGGCAGAAUUCCUACAUGAGAACGAAGAGCAAUUCACAGUAAUCAAAACCUUUAUUACGCCUCAACAACAGUGGGAUUGGGUAAAAGCCGAAGUUAAGCUAUUCAUCAGGAAAUUUUAA